AUGUCCUGCGAGAAGUUUACCACUCGUGCUCAGAAUAAGCGUUACCUGGCCGAUACCGUAAACUCACUGAUCAAGGAGGCGAAGGAAGGAGAUGCAUUCGCCGACAUUCCCCUUGAUCUCCGUCACCACAAGCCGAAGACCAAGCUCCAAUUCCCCGACUCCUGGAAGUUGACCCCGGAGCGCAAGAAACAAAUCGAAGCUCGCCGUGCUGAGAGACUACGCCUGGAGAAGGAAAGAGCGGGCAUCAUUGAUGGCAAGGCGGUCAUCGCCGACGCGGCCCGGGUCUUGCCAGCAUUGAACCCUGCCUUGAGGGCCAAGGCAACUGAAGAGCGAGAGAGGGUUGCUGUUCGGGUCACUGACUUACUUAUCCAAUGUAUUAUACUCAUUCAUCUUCAUACAUACACCUUAUUACUCCUUUCAAUUAGUACCAUGAUACUGAUCUUGGCCAAGUCUUCCUGUAUAAAGUAG